UAUUUUAUUGUUGUAAAAGGUCGUGUCGGGUGUAUGCCGUUUGGAAGUGUUGCAAAAAAAGACAUAUAAAACAAAUAAUUAACAACUUAUACCAAAAACAACAAUUGAGAAAAAGUGUAAUUGAUAUUCAUAAAAAGUGCAAAAAUUUGUUAAUAAAAAGAGUCUUCUUUUUCGAAAGUGUAUCAACCAGGAGAAAUAAAGAAAAACAAAAAAACAACAACGUAGACAAUUUAUUUCAUGAAAAAUAAUAACAUUGCACAUUGAAAACAGAAAAGCAGGCAAUAAAAACCACUGACAGUUUUCCAUAAUUGUCGUUCUACAAUUCACGCCCGUUUAAAGACUCAUUCAAGUUGUUAUUGUUCUCUCUCGCGAUCAGACAAACAACGUGUGUGGUUUUGAAAUAUCCAUUUUGGUGAUCGACAACUAUUCUGUUUUAUAUCUUCUUUUGGAUAACAUUGCCAUUGAUGAGAUUACAUGUUUCCACCAUAUGCAGUGGUAGAUUUUGCACCAACGAGAACAGCAGCCGGAGCAGCAGCGUCAUCAUUAUUGCGUUACAAACCACAAAAAUAUGCGUUUCAAUAAGGCCGAAUUAGCAACAUUGGUCUCAAAUUCAGCAACAAAAUUUGAAAAAGAAGGUUUAUUGAUUAUCACCGAACGCCAAGAAGGUUUCUUUCGCAAAGCUGAUGUCAACUAUCCCCGUUGGUGCAAAUUACGUGGCAAUCUCUUGUUUUAUCUAAAGGAUCACGAUCCAAAUUCCCAGCCGGCCGGUGUUUUGGUACUGGAAAACUGUCGACCAUUUAUACGCAAUGAAGCCCGUGAAUUUGAUGGUUAUGUUUUCAUAUUAGAAUUUGAAGGCAGUUUACCGCAACGCAUUUCAACACGCACCUCCCAGGAACGUUUGGAGUGGGUGAAAAGCAUUCAAUUAGCUUCCUAUUCAUAUUUAAAUCGCCAAAUACAAUAUUUGGAAGAACAAAUCGCCUUAGCCAUGGGCAAUCGCAUAGAAAAGGGUCUGCCCCUCUAUGCCCCAGCCAGUGAUGCUACUCUAAUGGCUGGUCUAUUGGAUUUAAAUACAACAUCAAAUGCGAAGGCUGUUACAAAAGUUGAAGAAGAUCUCUCCGAGAUACCUUUGUGUGAAUCGGCCAUAUCCUGUGAUAAUCUACCCAGUGCCGAUAAUGGCCGUCUGCCAUGUCCUCGUGUUGUAUGCUCUACACUGCGAUCCGGAGAUGACAUCAUAUGGCAGGAUUAUGCACGCACCGAAAUUAUUGAAAAUUCUGCAAACCCUCAAUUCCUGUGCACUUUAGUUUUUAAACAAAGCGAUGGUUUUACGGCUGAUACUCCGCUCAGGUUUACCGUAUACGAUGUCCGUGAAAAGGUUUCACAGACCUCAGUGCCAAUUGGUUAUGCGGAAGUGGUUUUGGGAGCCAUACAAGAUGCCACACGUUUUCGCCUACCCUUACGUUCGAUACAUGGUGAUUGUGGUUUCAUUAAUAUUGCCUCAUGGGCCCCUGACACCGACAAGCAGUUGCAACCACCGCCACGUUCAACGACACAGGUAUUCGAGCAACAGAGCAAAGGUCAUCGCCGCACACAAUCGCUACCACCCAAGUUGGGUGUCAAAUUGUUUGUACCAUUUCAAGGCAGCAUACAAAGGGUCUUUGCAAAUCCAAGGAUCCACACUUAUCGUUUGAAUUCCAGUUUAGGAGCUGACAUAAGCGUCCAUGAAACAAUGAUGGAGUCAAAAUUGUGUUUUAAUAUACCACAGCAGUUGUUAUCCAUUUGGAUAUUACGUGAAAAGGAGUUGCUACAAGAAAUAUCGGGCAUGGGUGAAUUGGGUGGUGAAUGGCGACGACGCCAAAUGGAUCUACUCGAUAAACAUUUGAAAUUGCUUAAAGACUAUUCACAGGCCAAACAAAAUCUACAACAAUUAACAAAGGAGGAGGGUCCAUUUUUCAAACGUUCAUCGGACAAAACAGAUGAAUCGUUGGAGUUUAUACCAGUAAAUUUACAUUUCCAACGUAUGUGGGUACAAAAUGACUCUCUAAAUCGUUCGGCGGUUUUGGAUAUUGUCACCGUGGGGGCAUUUACCCGGCAUGCGGGUCUAAAGAAAAGGACUGGCGGUUUAAUAAAACUUUUGCAAGACACCAAAGAAUCUCCUUCGAAAUUUGAAGCCAGCAACAAUUGCAAAGUUUUGGCAGCCAAUGAUGCAGUUCAGGCGAUAAAACAUUUGCGCAAGGAAAUUGUUGAAAUCAUGUCACAACUCUUGACAUUGGCCAAGUCUAAGAAUCCCAAAGGUAUGAUGCCCUUGUGCAAUGAAAUGAUAACUAAAACCAAGACCUUGCUGAAUAUUUGGGAACCUAGUCUUGUGGAGGAGGCAUUUUCGUUUAUAGAACAACACAGGAUCAUUGAGGAGCCAGAUAAUGUCCUCAUGCCAAUGUCACCAUUCCGCAAAAUCACUCAACAGUUGAAUGAUUUGGAAUUAAAAUCUCCUGAAUUGGAAGAUUUCUCUACACCUGUGGUAGCCCCACCAGAUUUAUGGCCCAGGGCAAAAACUCCCACAGCUCAUUAUGGGGGCAAUCGUUUGAUACGUUCCAAUAGUUUGACACAAUUGAGAACAUCACCAUCACUAAAUCUCGACAUUGAUGCCAUACACAAUCUCCAGCACACGGUAAGGGCCUACAAUGAACAUUUGCAGCGGAAGGCAAAACAAGAGAUUGCUAAUCGUAUGCAAAAACCCAUCGAAGACCUCGAUGAUGAAGAGGCAACCUAUCAAUCUCUGCCAGUCUACAUAAAUUCCCAAACCAAAUACCAUGAACCCAAUUUCAAUGAACUCCACGAGGAAGAGGAGGGCCAAAUUGAAGAUGAUAACGAUGAAGAACAAAUGAAUACUUCCAUAAAACUAAUAGAUUUAGAUGAAAAUAAUUCCACUAGUCAGUUGUCGGAUAUACCAACCACAUCCUCGAGACCAAUACGGACUACUUCCAAUCGCAAUUCCAUGCCGCCUAAUUUCAGUCAUGAUUAUGAAUCAUCAUCACAUUGUUCCAUUUUAGCAACGCACAAUGCCAGAUUUUUGGAUACGAAAAUGAUGAGUACCUCACCCUCGGCCAAUUAUUACAGGCCCACAGAGGAACCGGAGCCAUUGGAUCUGACACAACUAAAUAUUGAGGCCAGUGUCAUGUGUUUGGUUAGUAAAAUUAAAUUUCUGUGUGGACGCUGUGGUUCACCGGCCAUACGGUUACGACAUGCCAAGGGUUCAAUGAAACGUUCGGGCUUUAAUAACAACCCCGUGCCUGAUGUUGUGGAUAAUGGUAAUUCUCCAGCUCUGGAAUAUGGCACGCAAGAUGAGACGAAACAAGAAUCCAAUCUUGAAGGUACCUCACCCAAUGGCAAUAGUAAUGGUUUGAAUUUAGAUUUAACUCAAACUGCUGGCCUGGAGAAUCAACCCGUUAAAAAGGGAAACAAAUUUACCGAUGGUCUGGACUUAUCUCUAACAACCGAUUGGGCCUCCGAAUUACGUCCCUCUAUGCGUAAGUUACGCCAUGCCAUGGAUGGCCUAUUGAAGACGGCCCGUCUAAUGCAUUCGGUACAACGUCUACAACAGGAUAUGCAAAGGAUUAGCAUAAAUCUGGAAACAAUGUAUCGUCGUGAUGUCUGUUUCUCGCAAUCACUGACGUCAUUGAUAACUGCCCUGAUGGGCAAAUUGUGGGGCAAUGAGAUAACCGAUAAUUUCAUACGCAUCCUAUGUGAUCUGGGUCCACUGGCCUAUUUUGAGGGUCUACUCUCGUUGCAUGGCAGUGAAAUUGAUAUGUGGGGCGAUAUGUGUAUUGCCAUUGAAGAUCUGUUGGGUGUUGAUUUUGAGCUGGUGCGGUGCAAUGGCAAUGAUUCAACACCCACACCUCGCAUAACGGGUUCACGGCAAUCCCUUACCGUUUAUCUUCCAGUACCGGAACAUGUCUACGCCCUGUUACCCACCAAACAAACGGUAAAUUUCAAAGUAACUCCCGUAUUCUUUAACAUCGGCAUCAAUGAAAAAGCCACCCUGGCCGAAGCAAUGAAUCGAACGCGGGAACAACAUCGUUCAAAUUGGGAUAAUUAUGUACGGCUCAAACAAUACUAUACACGUUUUCGUAAAUUACCCCUAACCCUGCCGGAAACACCCAGCAAACAUGAACCCCAUAUGCCAGCACCACAAAUACUGGCGAAUAUUUUAAAUUUCCUCGAGGAUCAACUCAAGGCGAACGUAUCGAAAAAUGUUAAAAUCUUACAUUUGGUAGAGGACGUCUGUCGUCUUAUGUCUGGUCUGAGAUUUACCUCAUGUAAAAGUGCCAAAGAUCGAACCGGAAUGGCUGUUACUCUGGAACAAUGUCGUGUCCUGGUGCAGGAAUUCCAAUUGCCAGCCAAAAAUGUACCACAAAUUUUGAAUACAAUGCGUAGCGAAGGCUGUCGCAUGGACAACGUAUUCAAGAGUAUCGAUAAGCGUAAAUAUGCAUUCAAUUUGCCACAAGUAUUAAGUCUACCGGUUAUGUACAGGCCACCGGUGGGGGCAUAUGGUAAGGCUGAAACGUAAAAGAAACAGUGAGAUUAUGAAGGGGAAUUUCGAAAAAAAGGAAAUGAAAUUGAAAUAUUUAUUGUUAACAGAAAGAAAAGAAAAAAACGCGAUAAGUUUUAGAAUUUUAGUAGAAGGCCAUGUGAAGAGAAUGGUGAAAUUCGAAAUUUUAUAAUUUUAUACUUUCGAUAAGGAAUUAAUUCAUUAAAUGUUAUUAAAUAGUCCAUGUGUCCAACAUAGUUCCAAAUACAAGGGACAAGUUCUUUCAUUCGACAUCGAAAAAGUUCGAUCGAAAUGAAUUUGAAUAUGCCAAGAUUUAGUUAAAAGCGACUUAAAUGUUGGAAUUGACCACCAGUCACAAAAAGUCAAUAUUUUCAAAGGAAAUAAUUUACCGCACAGAAAGAGAAAGUAUAAUUCGAUUUUGCUCCAACUUUGCAAAUCCUAAAAUUUGCAUCAGUGCUAGGUCACGUGCAAAAAUGGACAAUAUUGGUCCACUUCAUCGAGUAGCUCCCCCACCAAGGGUCAAAAUUUUGAAUAUUCAUGAAGCGCAUAAAACACGAAAUUAGCAUCAGAUUCCAUUCAGACUAGACACACCACACUGUUUACACCAACUUAAGAUCUGUGAUAAAGAUGGUAGAGAUUGGACCAUUCCUUCUAGUACCUCCUCCACAAAGGGUCAACAUUUUGAAUUGUCCGAUUGUCUUCAAAUUACACACAUCACAAUAUUUGUAUUAACCGAAGGUUUGGUGUGAAAUUGUGAUAUAUCAGUCCACCCCUUCUGGUACCUCCCCCACAAAGGGUCAAAAUUGUGAAUAACAAAAAACGAUCAUAAAAUCCGAAACAGGCAUCCGAUUCUCUUCAAAUUACACACAUCAGAAAAUUUUUAUUAACCCAAGGUCUGGUGUGAAAUUGCGAUAUAUCGGUCCACUCCUUCUGGUACCUCUCCCACAAAGGGUAAAAUUUUUAAAUAAUUACAACUAUUCUAAAAUGUGAUAAUAGUGUCCGAUUAUCUUCAAAUUUCACACAUCACAAUAUUUUUGUUAACCCAAGGGCUGGUGUGAAGAUGGAAUAUAUCGGUCAACUCCUUCUUAUACCUCCCCCACAAAGGGACAACAUUUUAAAUAUUCAUGAAGCUCAUAAAACAAGAAAUUAAAAUGCGAUCCCAUUCAAACUUGGCACAUCUCAAUAUUUUCAUCAACACAAAAUAUGUUAUAAAGAUGAUAGAGAUCGGACCAUUUCUUCUGGUACCUUCCCCUCAAAGGUUCAAAGUUUUGAUUAACCAAAACGAUCAUAAAAUCCAAAAUAAGCAUCCGGUUCUCUUCAAAUUACACACAUCAUAAUUUUUUUAUUAACCCAAGGUCUGCUGUGAAGAUGGGAUAUAUCGGUCCACUCCUAUUAUCAGUCUUAGGUCAGAUACGAAUUGGUCAAUAUUGGCCAACUGCUACGGAACCUCCCCCCAUAAAGGGUCAACAGUUUGGAUAAUCAUAACUCAAGGCUGGGGGCAUAAAUAAAUGUCGGCAAAACCGCCUGAUACUAUUUUUACUUGAUUUAUCUAAGAAGAGCAUACAGACAUUAAUUUCAAUCGACAUUUUUUCGAUAUCAAAUACAAAAAAUUUGCCCUAUGUUAAGGAACUGUUUCUGUAUGUUUAUGCGAAAGUGUAUCAGAAAAAUUCAGUAAUUAUUAUUUACAUUCAAAUUCCCAAAGUAAA